UUUUCUAUAGAAUUCUUUUCUUUUUUUAUUUUUUUAUUUUCCCCUCUUGUGCCCACCUCGAAUAGCCCUAGCUACUUGCGGGCCCAAGCAUUGUAAUUUUCCGUAUAAAUAAAAUAAAAUUUGUUGUUGUUGUUGUUGUUGUUAUUGUUGUUGUUGAACAAUGCAAUGAAAGAUCGUACAACACUGUACAUAAGUUUCUGCCUGUUAAUCCGUCUUAGGGAAACUGCCUUUACUCAGGAAAUUGUAGGUUUUACAAUUGGAUGAAUGUUGAUUAUUCUUUCUGCUGCAAUGACCGUAAAACUUAUUAUGAAAAGGCAACUCUUUGGAGUUAAUCACCGUGUUUUUAGGGCCAAUAGACUAAUUUCUUUGUCUUAACACGGGUGAAACUAAACUUAAAAUGCAUUUAACGAUUUUUUGGCGCUCGUUUCAGAGUUAGUCUUCUCAUUUUCAAUUGAGGAAAAAAGAUGACUUAGGCUGGGAUGGUUAAAAAUAGAGAAGAUUUACAAGGAUGACAAAUGACAAACCUCGAAACUUUUACUGAUGUACUUAUAGUUACUUAUUGCGGAGAACUAAGCCUAAAAGAGAAUUACAUUUAACCGAAAAUAUAAGAAUAUCUAGAAGUAACGAAUUUGAGAGUUUCGCUCGCUGAAACCAUCGGUUUUGCUUGCCGCACAAUUGCAAUUAAACUUGUUAACAUUUUUCAGAACCUGAACCAAGAGGAAAUUUAUCACGGAAUUCUGUCAAAUGUGAUUAUCGAGGGAAAUGGUGUAAAUUCUUUUGUUUCACGACUUGUUUUAACAAAACAAGUGUUGACCUGUUUUGUUUUUAUCGAACAAAAAAGAUAAAUAGAGCAAGCUAACAUAUCUUAUAGGAGAAGAGUCACUUAGAACGAGAAGAUUACGGACUAUUUUGUGACCAAAAUUAUUUACCUAUUUUUUAUGAGAUUAUUGAUACUAGAGACCGAAAAAUGAAAAAAGGUUUAUCCGCAUUUGCUGGAUUGCGUGCGUCGUGAUCCGAAAAGUUACAAAAUGUUAAUUUUACUGUUGCGUUUUUCCUGUCGUCAAUCCAAACCUAUAAGUAAAUUUAUAAAAGCAUUCUUCGAAGGUCCAUUUGAAGUAGGUAAAUAAUUGUUAUGUGGCUGUUGUCACACUUGUGAGAUAAGUAUAAAUGGGGCGAAUUGGUCAAAACCAUCUUUGACCAUAGCAUUUGAUAGAAUUAGGUGUUGGCAUGGAAACAGCACUGGAAACAUUGUUCGUAACAGCGAUGCAAACAAUAGUAGAAUAAUUUGUGAGCGGAAAGUAAAAUGCAAAAUAAGUUAAAGAAAAACACACCUGCUCAUAUAGAGCUGAAACAAGAGAUGAAAGUAUAUGUAUAAGCCAUGGUUCUCGUGUUUACCCAGUUCAAAACGAUUGCCAUAGUUUUGUCGCGGUAACCCGCUAAAAUGGCGGCGCUGAAUGCAGCGAUCGGACGGAAGCGAUUCUCACAAGUGAAGAUGCUUCUUGAUAUCGGAGUUGAUGUUAACCAGCAGGAUUCUGAAAUGAGGCGGACUGCUCUAAUGCAACUUUGCUUUCUCGACGAUGAGAGCAAAGCGGCCAAAUAUGUUAAAAUAUUACUUAAAAGAGGAGCGAAAGUCGGUUUGAAAGACAAGGAUGGACUUACUGCUCUUUCGCACGCCUGUAAACUCGGACUAGAACAACUAGUUUCGAUUAUGCUUGAAGAGGAAGGUGAUUUUGAUCUCAACUCGCAAGAUAAGCUCGGAAACACAGCACUCCACUACGCCGCGUUGUCAGGCAAUUUCGUGGUCUUAAAUCUUCUGCUGAACAAAUUAAAACGUUUUAAAUUGAGCGUCGACAAGGUGAACAAAAGAGGAGAAACCCCCUUGAUUGUCGCGUCCAAAUCAGGGAAUUUCUUUUGCGCACGAAUUCUCGUUUCAGAAGGAAAAGCUUCUAAAGGGGCGCGCGAUUAUAUCGAGUUCAAAACUGCUGAAGAAUGGGGAAGAACGAAAGAAAGUCUUCGCUCCGCAUCGAAAUCACCGCUUUUUCGAGUAAUGCAGCUUCCCCCUCGAAUCUCUGUAGAUUCUCAAAGCCGAGGAUCAAAGGAUAAUGUUCAUUUACCAAAACAGAAGGAUAAUAAGAGGCCGUACACCGCACCAGGGAACCUAUUGAACCUCCCAAUCGAGAGAAGCCAUCGGGAAAAUCUUCGAGAUCUCUUUCAUGUAUACGAAGGGCACGUCUCCAACGCGUUUCGAAUCGGAGUUAAACCGAGACCUGUUACUGUGACCACAGAAUCAGUUUGCAACAUCAACGAGAGCACUAAUCAGGAUGAUGAUGAUGAUAUUUGCGAGCUGCCUGAUCGCUCGGUGUCGCCGAUUUCUUUCCAACCCCUCAAUCGUCGCUUUAGCAUAAGUAAAGCAAGCAAACUGGCUCUCAACGCAAACGCUGUUUUCAGGCGGGCUUCCUUAGCAACGGUCCCAACAACCGGCAGCCCGAGUAAACCGUUACAACGGCGAGGAUCACAAUCGUUCGGCCCGAACACUGGUAGAAGACUUUCUCAAUCGAUGCCUUUGUCGCCGAGAGUCCGUAGAGGCUCGAUGAACGUGAUGAGUCAGAUCACGAAAGUGGCCUCACUUAAUGUAAACAAAGAAAAGAGCGAACCGAAAAACACUUUGGCUCCUGCUGACGCUAAUACUUCACCUUCAACACCUUCCAUUUCUGUAAACUCGGACAAAUUGUUUGCCAAACUUCAAACUUUGGCCGAGGAAAGUGAUUCUGAGGAAGAGGAAAACAGUAGCGAGGUUUUACUAAGAAGCUCACCGGCAAAGCUUUUUUCACAAAUGUGACUGUAUUUUUACUAGGCGGAAAAAAAGCCAAAUAAUAAAAUUAGUAAAUUGUGUGCCUUUUUGAAGCGACAAGCGUAGAAUAACUUAAAGUUAAUGAAAUCAAACUAGGGCCAAACAAGGCUAACAAAGGAAAAAUGCCUGAAGUGUAGGAUUUAUUUUUUAGAAGACAAAAUUAAUUAUUUCAGAAGAAAUGAGGAAAAAUAUAUUGUUCGCCGACUACUGUCAAAAGUGAUAAUUAUCGU